UUUUAAACUGUGAGGCAGAGGAGGAAAUCAAGAAAAAUGUGUCUUUGACCCAAACCUUAUGGAGGGCACUGUAACCCUGAAGUGUGCUCAUUAUUUUUACUGACUUUAUGAAGUUAAUUCUACCACUUUUAUUUUCACAGGGCUUUCCCAUUUCACAUGGCCUUACACUGAGGUGUCUAAUGGCGUCCAGCUCAGGGAUGUCCAUGUGAGAAAGGAAUCUGAGAAGAGAAGGGCAGACACUUAAAGAGACAGAGAAGAGUUUCCCACAGAUCAUGGCCUCUGCCAAAGAAGAUGGCAUGGAUGAAAGAACAGUGGACAUUAAAGAAGAGGACUGUGAGCGGCUCACACCAGAGGAUGUGUGCGUGAAGCUGGAGGAUCAUGAAGAAAAAAUUUCAGCUUUUAAAGAGGAGAAGGAGUACAAGGGGGUGACUGCUGCCAUUAAAGCUGAGGAUUUGAAUGAUUUCUCCGUUGGUCUUGAACUUCAAAAGCAUGAAACUGAGGAUAUUUUCAAGCAAGAUGCCUGUGAAGAAUCUCCAUCCAGUUUACAGCCCUGGUCCACUAAUACGGGACGACUAGCUAUGCAGGAGAAUUCUGUAGAGCUGAAAUCAGAGUUAUCAGAGUCUGAAGAGAAAAUCACUGAGGGAAAUGGGAGAGAAGGAGAAGAGUCCCCUGGGAGUGUUGGAAUAAAUUUACAGAAGAAUGGCAGCUUCUCUCCACCUUCGUUUGGCCAGCCCUCUCUUCAAUACGAUGAGAAAGGUAUGAAGAAAUCAGCAAGUGGGUCAGAGAACCUGACAGCAGCUUUUUUACAGUGCAGUUCUCUCCCUGCUGCUGGAGUAACACAGACAGAAGCCAUCAAAACUAAUCCACAGCAAGUGGAGAAAGAAAUCCAAAUUCAUACUGGAAGAAAAUGUUGUUUUGAAUGUGGCAAACAAUUCACACAUAAGAAGGAUCUUAAUAAGCAUAUGAAGAUUCACACAGGAGAAAAGCCUCAUUGCUGUCCAGAAUGUGGCAAACAAUUUUCUGACAAACGCAGUUUUCAAAGGCACACACAAAUUCAUAAUAGAGAGAAAAAGCAGUAUAUAUGUCCUGAAUGUGGCAAAUGUUAUACAAACCAGAAAAGUCUUCAUAGACAUGCCAAAAUCCAUACUGAAGAAGAAUCUUAUGGCUGUUCUCAAUGUGGAAAACGAUUCUUAGAUUUAAAUGCACUUCAGUGCCACAACAGAACUCAUACUGGAGAGAAACCUUAUUCUUGUCCUGAAUGUGAUAAGCAGUUCUCACAACAAAGCACCCUAAAGAGUCACAUCAGACGCCACACUGGAGAGAAACCUCACCAUUGCUUGGAGUGUGGCAAACAAUUUUCACGCCUCAGUGCUCUUUAUAAUCAUAGGAGAAGUCAUACUGGAGAGAAGCCUUACAGUUGUACUGAAUGUGGAAUGCGAUUCUCAUAUAACAGUUGUCUUCACAAGCAUAAAAUAAUUCAUUCUGGUAAGAAACAGAGCUGUUCUGAAUGUGGUAAGCUUUUCUCAGAUGGCACGACUCUUAAAGAUCACAUGAGAAUUCACUCUGGAGAAAAACCCUAUUGCUGUCCAGAGUGUGGCAAACGAUUCUCACGUCCAAGUUCGCUUAGGUGCCACAGAAGGAUCCACAUUGGAGAGAAGCAGUACACCUGUUCUGAAUGUGGUAAAGGGUACUCUUCCAGAAGAAGUUUUCGGAGACACACACAAAGUCAUAUUGGAGUAAAAUCUGUCCCGGAAAUGACAAAUGAUCUUUCCAUUGGCUCCUCAACCAAAACAAUUGAAGAAAAAUCUUCUGAAUGAGGUAAAGGACUCCAGUUGAAAGUAGUUGUAAGGUAAGGUAACCUCAGAGCCACUUAUGAAUUUACAAUGGAAUAAACACAAAGGAAUACAACACAUUUCACAAACAGCAAAAAUCUUCUUCAACAACUUAUAGGUGCAAGAAAAAAAACUCAUUGUCGUCCUAAAUGUGGUUAACGCUUUUCAGACAGCAGUGGCCUUCAUAGUCAUAAAUGACUGGCUUACUUGUGGUAAACCUCUUAGCUGUUCUGAAUGUUGAAAGUGGUCCUCCUGUAUUAGCCAUCAUCAGCACAACGUAAGAUUUCAUGAAGGACUCGGAAACUGUACUGCCAGGACGUCAACCAUACAGGGACUGAUCAUCUCUGCACCAGUGCUGUGACAUAAGAUGGUGAACAAUACAAACACCAGACAACAGAAUGAGGUAGCAACAGUACUGUGUGGUGAUAACAACUUCAACCACAGAACACAACUGAAAAAGUUCAAUGUAAUAAUGAAAAAAUGGAGAAGUCAAAUCAAAUCCACAGUGCAGUGCCAACUACCAGGAGGUGCCACUGACAACAAGGGG